AUGAAUAUACAUGCCGCUAAAGAGAGAAGAACAAAAGUAUCCAGAGCUUGUGAUUUCUGCAAAAGACGAAAAUACAAAUGUAGUGGGGUACCACCCUGCAAUUUAUGUUCAAAGAAACAGAUAGAUUGUGUAUUUAGUAUUGUGGAUAAACGAACAACCAAGGGGUCCAAAAUUUACAAGCCUUCUUCAAUAGAAGUUCUUUCACAUAACAACUUAACCAUACAAAACAGUUAUAUUAAUGAAAAUACUCAAAGAAGAAUAAACAAACAGUCUCUGACCCAAGUUCCUAUAGCAAGACCACAACAGGAAACCACAGCAUCCAAAUCACCAACAGAGACAUUUUUGGAAAAUAAUUCCUCAACAAAUGCAACGGAGUAUAUACCCAAAAACUUACAACCAUUACUUUCGUUUCCAUUGAAGAAAGAGGAAGACGACCAAUCUAGUGAAGAUACCAGUGUUGUAGAAGUUGAUAAACAAAAAUCUGAUAGAACAUCAACAGCCAACAAUACACCAACAAAUAGAUCAAACACCAGUUCCACGAACAGCAAUGUAACCACACAGGGUUUAACGAACAACAAUGGAAACAAUCUACGAUUACUUUAUGACAAGGACGGGAGACUACGAUAUAUUGGAGAAAGCAGUCCACUUUCAUUGUCCUAUCAAGCAAGAAAAAUAUUUCGAUCAAUACGUGGUGAGUCUGAAUUCACAGAUGACCCAGAUACUGUAAACAUAAUUGAUGGGGUGUCUCAUGUUAGACCAUGCAAAGUCUUACAAAUGCCAAAAAAAGAAUACGCUUUACUAUUGUUAAAUCUUUUUGAAGCAAAUAUCAAUCAAACAUGGUAUAUUUAUAAUAGAGAAUGGCUUAACGACAAAUUUGUCAAAGUUAUUGAUGACCCAUUGAAUGUAGCACCAGAAAGAAUGGCUACUUUCCAUUUGAUAUUUUCAUUGGGAUUAUUAUUUGCUGAGAAAUCAAAAAACGGUAUAGUGGAGAAAAUUGGCGCUCAUUCUAGUCAAUUUUUCGAAAGUGGAUUUGAUUUGAUUAGAAACAUUCUUGAUGAUGGUGGAUUGUGGAUGACUGAAACCAGUUUAUUAAUGUAUUUUUAUUAUCAAUCGACAGCAAGAAGAUCGUCUUCUUGGAUGAUGCUAGGAAAUGCAAUCAGGAAUGCCCAAGCGUUAGGAUUACACCGACGAGCGGUAAACGAAUCUUUCCCCAAUCCACAGUACGUUAUUCAUAGACGAAAGUUAUGGAAAACGUUAUAUAUUUGCGAUAGAAUUUCAUCAAUAUUGUUAGGGCGUCCAUUAACUAUUAGUGACUACGAUUGGGAUGAUUUCCAGAUACCAAGAGAUCACAAAAUUAUUACUGGUGAUAUUUCUACAAUCUGUCUAGAUGAGAAUACUCGACUUUCAAAAAUCCUUGGUCAUAUUGUACAAAACUUUUACCAAGAUGGUGUUGUGAAUUUAAUGAAGGCAGAAACAAUGGCUAUUGAGUUGAAAAAGUGGUCAUUUGAAUUGCCUUCUAUUGUCCAAAUAGACAAAAUAUUGAAAAAUCACGUUUCUUAUGAAAUUGAAAGUUCCAUAAGACCAGCUAUGUCAGAUAACUAUUCAAUAUUACUAAUUCAUAUUAUGCAGUUAUAUGGAGUGAUGUUAUUAGGUAAACCAAUUUUUAUGUAUUUGUUGUUCAAAAAAGACAAAAAUACAAGCAAUUCUAUAACUAGACAGCAAAAAGUAUUGAACAAUUUUUGUUCUGCCAGUAUUAAAGCAUCGGUAUUAACAAUCCAAGCUAUCCAUAUCUAUACAAGAUGUCAUCCACAUAGAAUUGAACUGUAUGUUACUGUCAAUUGUUGCUGUCAUGCAGCAAUAAUGUUAGGAUUAACUGUCUUGUAUCGACAGAGUAAUUCAGAUUACGAGAAAGAUGAGUAUUCAAUUGAAGACUUGAUGCAACAAUUGUAUAUUGCAAAAUCCAUAUUGAAUUUUUACGGCUCAACCAAUACCAUCAGUUAUAGAUUGCACACAAUAGUAUCACGAUUGAUCAACACUUUGACUUUAGAAGCACAACCACGAGAAGAAAAUGAUGAAUGCCUUUCAUUGCCGAUACCAACACCAUUCCAAGAAGGAGAUGAAAGCGAGCCACUACCCAGAAUGUAUCAAACACAAGUUGAUUCUAAGGAACCGACGAAUCAAGGUGAAUCUAUUUUCAAUACUCCAUUGGAACACAUUAUAAACUUUCAACAAUUUUUUGUUCCUUCAGUGACCAAUUCAGAAGACAAUAAUAGUAGUAGAGCUUCAUUGAAGGAAUUUGAAAGAAGAAUUGAAAGUGUUCCAAGGCUUGAAGAUUUUAUGUAUGAUGUUGGCAUGAAUGAUUUGUUAUUAGAGGGAAGAAGUGAUUCCGGGAAAUAA